AUGUCUUGCUGUUGUGUUCCCCGUUGCUGCUGCAGCGUCCCUACCGGCCCUGCCACCACCAUCUGCUCCUCUGACAAAUGCUGCAGGUGCGGAGUCUGCCUGCCCAGCACCUGCCCCCAUGACAUCAGCCUGCUUCAGCCCACCUGCUGCGACAACUGCCCCCCACCCUGCUGUGCUCCUGACACCUACGUGGCUUCCUGUUGGCUCCUCAAUUCUUGCCACCCAACCCCUGGCAUGAGUGGAAUUGAUCUGACCACCUAUGUUCAGCCUUGCUGUGAAAGUCCCUGUGAGCCCUGCUGUUAA